CGUCAUCUUUGUAUGCGGAAGUAUGUGACACCGAGUAGCAGUCGUGUACAAUCAUCAGAACCUCCGUUUUGAGCAGACAAAACACGCAGCUUAUUUUUUUCAAAAUGUUGAAGGCGGUUAUUUUAAUAGGAGGCCCUCAGAAAGGCACAAGGUUUCGGCCGCUGUCAUUUGAAGUUCCCAAACCCUUGUUUCCAGUCGCCGGUGUUCCUAUGCUGCAGCAUCACAUAGAAUCAUGUGCCAAGGUGCCAAAUAUGAAGGAGAUCUUGCUCAUCGGGUUUUACCAGCCAAAUGAAGAACUCACCAGAUUCCUUUUUAAUGCCCAACAAGAAUUCAAAAUUUCCAUCAGGUACUUGCAAGAGUACUCAGCCCUGGGCACCGGAGGGGGCAUCUAUCACUUCAGAGAUCAGAUCAUCUCUGGUGGUCCCGAGGCUUUCUUUGUUCUUAAUGCUGAUGUGUGCUCAGCAUUUCCUCUAGCAGAGAUGCUCAGCUUCCAGAAAGAACACGGAGAACCAAACAGCUUUGUUAUUCUUGGAACAACAGCAAACAGAAAACAAUCUUUGAACUAUGGCUGCAUUGUUGAAAAUGAGAAAACAAACGAGGUGUUGCAUUAUGUGGAAAAGCCGAGCACAUUUGUGAGCGACAUCAUCAACUGCGGCAUCUACCUCUUCAGCCCGGACAUCUUCCAGCACAUCGGCGCCGUUUUCCAGAAGAAUCAGCAGGAAAUGCUGCUUUAUCCAUACGACGGAGAGGAGACGACCAACGGUUGGCACCGAGCCGAGGCUAUCAGGCUGGAGCAAGACAUUUUCACUGCCCUGGCUGGACAGGGCAAACUCUACGUUUUUAAAACCCUACGUUUCUGGAGCCAGAUCAAAUCUGCUGGGUCUGCAAUUUAUGCGAGUCGAUUGUACCUGAACCAGUAUCACAAAACUCACCCUGAAAGGCUCGCCACGAAUAAAGAGGGAGGCCCUAAAAUAAGCGGUAAUGUCUAUAUGCAUCCCACUGCCAACAUUGACCCCACAGCUGUGUUGGGUCCUAACGUCUCCAUUGGCACUGGGGUUACUAUUGGUGCUGGGGUAAGGGUGCGUGAAUCCAUCAUCCUCCACGGUGCAACCCUGCAAGACCAUUGCUGUGUUCUGAACAGCAUCGUCGGCUGGGACAGCACGAUCGGCAAGUGGGCGCGAGUGGAAGGAACACCCAGUGACCCAAAUCCCAACGACCCGUACGCAAAGAUUGACAGCGAAACCCUCUUCCGGGAAGGAAAACUCACCCCGUCAAUUACUAUUCUUGGUUGUAACGUGACCAUUCCCAGGGAGGUAAUAAUACUCAACUCUAUUGUCCUUCCACACAAAGACCUCAACCGCAGCUUCAAAAACCAAAUUAUUCUCUAGUUAAUCUUCCCCACGCUGUAUUUUUCUUCGCUGUCAGCAGUGGGAGAUACGGCUGGCCUCACGCCCCUUGAGUUACUGUAUAUAUACCAUGUCAGUUGUGAAGAUACGGGACUUUCAUUAAACCCUUUUGAAAGAUAGAUUUUUAUGUGCUUGUCCUCGAGGCUUUAUGCAUCAUUGGGUGUCAGCGGUAUUCAAGAAAGACCAAUCACACAUGUUGAUUCACCUUGAAAAGUGUUGACAGGCAACAGAGUUAUUGACUUUACCAAACUGUUAAAUUACAGCCAGUACAUGAGUAAUAUAUUUGAUGGAUGUUAAUAAGAUGUAAAAAAAAAAAAACUUUUUAUAGAUAACCACUUUAUAUUUCCCAAGGUUACAAAAGUGUAAUGCAAGUACAGUAAUUAUACGUGGCUAACAUGA